GAGAGCGCGGAGCGCUCAGGGGUUCUAACCCCGAGCGCUGGCCCGCCCGCUGGGGGCAGGUUUCCUGGAAACUGGGAAGGCCUCUUUGUUGCGAAAAGUAGAGCCGGCUGAAAGCGCACUGGGAUUUCUCCCGUCCCGCUCCAGGCCGCCGCGGGCAGGAGGCAGGGCUGUAGGCCACUGUCCCCGCUGCUGCUUUUUACGGAAGAAUGCCUGCGAGAAGCCGAGGGCCGCCCCUAUGAAGGGGGCCGCCCCUCGCGUACUGCGGAAGUGUGGGUAGGCGCAAGAAGCACUUGUGCUCGCACCGGAAGCGAGCACGGAGGACGAUGGCGGGUUUGGCGGUCCGGGACCCUGCGGUAGAUCGAUCACUGCGCUCCGUGUUCGUGGGCAACAUUCCUUAUGAAGCUACAGAAGAACAGUUAAAGGAUAUCUUCUCUGAAGUUGGACCAGUUGUCAGUUUCAGGUUGGUAUAUGAUCGAGAAACAGGGAAACCAAAGGGUUAUGGCUUCUGUGAAUAUCAGGACCAAGAAACAGCCCUCAGUGCUAUGAGGAACCUGAAUGGCCGUGAGUUCAGUGGGAGAGCACUUCGAGUAGACAACGCUGCUAGUGAGAAGAACAAGGAGGAACUAAAGAGCCUUGGCACUGGUGCCCCCAUCAUUGAAUCUCCCUAUGGAGAUCCCAUCAGCCCUGAAGAUGCUCCGGAAUCCAUUAGCAGAGCAGUUGCCAGUUUGCCACCAGAACAGAUGUUUGAGCUGAUGAAACAAAUGAAGCUUUGUGUCCAGAAUAGUCCCCAAGAAGCACGGAACAUGCUACUCCAAAACCCCCAGCUGGCUUAUGCUUUGCUACAGGCCCAAGUAGUGAUGAGAAUCGUGGAUCCAGAGAUUGCACUGAAAAUUUUGCAUCGUCAAGCAAAUAUCCCGUCUCUGAUUCAAGGUAACCCGCAGCCUGGCCAAGGACCUAGUGCACCAAUGAACCAGCCGAAUACUCCAGCAUCUCAACCACAGCCUUUGGGUGGGAUGCAUGUGAAUGGAGCUCCUCCUCUGAUGCAGCCACCUCUGCCAGGUGGCGUUCCCACGCCAGGAGCAAUGCCCACUGCAGGACCUGGCCCUGGCCCCUUGGCUCCUGGAGGUGGAAUGCAGUCCAAGGUUGGAAUGCCAGGUGGUGGGCCAGUGUCCCUAGACCGGGGGCAAGGGACCCUACAGCACUCACCCGUGGGACCCGCCGGGCCUGCACCAAUUGAGCGAGUUCAAGGUACCCACGUGCCAAUGCCAGACCCCAGAGCCCCUAUGCAACGUGGACCUAUGCCUGCUGGCGGCCCACCUCCCCGAGGUCUUUUAGGGGAUGCUCCAAAUGACCCACGUGGAGGGACUUUGCUCUCAGUCACUGGAGAAGUAGAACCCAGGGGUUACCUGGGGCCACCCCAUCAGGGUCCUCCGAUGCAUCACGUCCCUGGCCAUGACAGUCGUGGCCCUCCCCACGAGAUGCGGGGAGGGCCAUUGGGAGAGCCUCGGCCGCUAAUGGGAGAGCCCAGAGGACCCAUGCUGGAUCAGAGGGGUCCACCCAUGGAUGGCAGAGGUGGAAGAGAUCCCCGAGGGAUGGAUGCCCGAGCCAUGGAGGCCAGAGCCAUGGAGGCCAGAGGCAUGGAUGCAAGAGCAAUGGAAGCCAGGGGGAUGGAGGCCCGAAGCUUAGAAUCAAGGGCCCUGGAGGCCAGGGGCAUGGAUGCAAGAGGAAUGGAAACCCGAGGCCCUGGCCCCAGAGGCCCAAUGCCUGGGGGCCUCCAGGGACCUGGGCCAAUCAACAUGGGAGCAGGUGGUCCGCAGGGUCCCCGGCAGGUUCUUAGGAAUGGGAGGCUCCGUGCAGAGAUUCUAAUUCAGGUCCCAGGUAUGCAGGGAUCUGGUCUGCAAGGCGGAGGUCAGCCUGGGGGAUUUAGUCCUGGACAGAACCAAGUUACUCCACAGGAUCACGAAAAGGCUGCUCUGAUUAUGCAAGUGCUCCAGCUGACCGCAGACCAAAUUGCUAUGCUCCCUCCUGAGCAACGGCAGAGUAUCCUGAUUUUAAAGGAACAGAUACAAAAAUCUACUGGCGCCCCUUAAAUGGUGAGCAAACAGAUGCCCAGCUGGGGAGGGCAGAGGGCUGGAGUACCCUGCUUGGGUUGCUUCCAUCCUCACCCAGAAUGCUCAGCAUAAGGACCUUUGUUUGUUCCUCUGAUCUCUAUUCUGCUUCUGCAAGGCCAAUCUGUGCGGUGGGAUGGUACUGUAGGGCAUUGGUCCAUUGUGGAGAGUUCUCUGUUCUGCAUAGUUAAUCACCUCGGAUGUGCUAAUAUAUGGAGCAUUUCAGUAAAUGUCUAUGUAUCUUAGUAACCAGUAUAUUUACUUCUGAAGCAGAUUCUGAUGUAAGAAGAAUAGAGCAUGUAGCCAAGGAAGCGAAUGGUCAACAAAAUCCACCAUAAACUCUGACAGGUUUUAGCAUGAGUUCUUACGGGCUGACACAUAGCUCCCCACACUCAUCAUCACCCUUCCUCCUUGUCAUACUCAUCUUCCAAAUAAACUCAUCAUGACACACCU